AUGCGUGUUGCUGAUAUGGGUUCCGUGGGGAGACUUUCCCGACGCGUUGACUGCACGGGGAAGAAGAAUUGUGAUUUGCCGACGGAUAACUCUCACGCGACUGCGGUGACUGUAGGUGUUGCCGUCGCUGUACCAGUUGCUGUUGUGAUCAUUGUGUUCUGUGGGAUACUGUACGUCGUGUACAGGCGGUCCAGGAGGGAGCUUGAGGAGGAUAACGACCCGGACUUCGAGGGGGACACGGAGUACUUGCCCGGAGGGCAUGGGGCAAGCACCAAGGCUGGAUUACACAAUUGGGCAACGCAGCCUGUUCAUGCACCAUCACCGUAUACGUCCUCUGGUGUCAGUUCGAACAGUACCGGGAUGCAGGAGAAGUGGGCGCCGCCCACGAGGGCUGUUGAUCCGUUCCAAUUGCCCGAUGAGAGCGACUCUGAGUCCCUGAGGGACUUUGCUAAGCGUGUCCACGACGAUGGAUUGGGCAGGUAUGAGUAUGUUGGCCAGCAGCAGCAGCAGCAGGGGAGACCGCGUUUGCCCCACGGUGGGUCGUCAACUCUGCGGUUGCUGUCCAGUUCCGCGGUGAACAGUACACUAGACGUCUCGGACGUGGAGACGCGGUCUAUCCCGCUUGCGGCGCCAAAUGGGGUUCAAUUCCAAGAGGAGCCCGCGGCUGUGGAGGAGGAUGAGCCUGCUCGCGACGACGAAAGUUUUGUCGCGUCAGAGACGCUCUCGCCAGAGGAGGAGAACAUCCGGCGCAUGAAGAGUAUAUACCAAGUGUACCUCGACAGGAACGGCACCGUCAAGAGGAAACCAGAGGAGACGGUGGAAGCUGAACGAGAUCCUGAACGAGAACCAGAACGAGAACCAGAACAAACGCAUUUGGGGGACACACUUGCCGUGGACGAACAACCGAGAGACCGUGCAUCGCACAGGAUUGCGUCCUCUGUUUACAGCGAGUUCCCUCUCCAAGAACCGGCACCAGCAGUGACUGCACCAACGGGGGGCGGGGUCGGGACCGUGUAUCAGACACCGAAUGGCUUACAAGAUGGGUUGAACUACCAGGGGCAGUACCAGACAGCGUAUCCAGAUCAAUACAUGGGACAAUACCAAGGGCAGUACCCGGAGCAAUAUACAGGACAGUACCCAGUACAGUACCCAGUACAGUACCCAGUACAGUUCCCUGAUCAAUACGCCGGCCAAUACGCCGGCCAAUACCUUGGGCAGUACGCUGGCCAAUUCCCCGGGCACCCUCAGACGCUGGAGACGAUUGGCGAACUUCCAAUGCCCUCUAACUUGCCUCGGUCGGACACGUCGCAAUCUCUCACUGCAUUCCGCAAAGGUGCCAAACACUUUGCCGCAGGUGCCACACAGCAGAUGAUCCCCCCCGGGACGUUCAACGGUACUGCGUUCAACCCAACGGACCACCCUGAGAUGUUUUACACUGCAAAUGGACAACAGCAGCAAUGGGGGCUCCCAUUGCGCCCCGCUAUGGGCCUUGGUGCGUCCAGUGGAGCAAGUCUCGCCAGCGGUGGUACGACAGCUACGGGGACGACACGAGCCGCGGGGCCCGCACCGCAUCAUCUGCGCGAGAGCAUCGUGAUGACGAAUCCUGCAGAAUUGCAACGGCAGCAAGGGUAUCGCCCCGCUGGGUCCUUGCAACAUUUGGCUCCCGCUGUUGCAGAGGACCCUGCCUCCGGUGUGCGUGUCAGUGCGUUGCUCUCGGACGCUGAUAUGGUGCAGCCACGGGGACUGGGCGAUAUUCUGCCGCAUAGCGGGUCGCAGGAGGACUUGCGGCGGCAGCUCGGUGGGUCGGAUAACUACACAGUGAGAUGA